AGCCGCUCACAAGCCCACUAAACAAAAUAAUUAGCAUAGCUCAUAUACAAACGUUGAUUUCUCCCACGUUAUAGUACGUACAGUCAUAACUAUAGUUCCAUGUGAGUGAUAUGCAAGUCGUAACCGUCGGAUAGACAGUAAAGCAGCCCGUUCGUCCGCAAGGCUGCCUUGAGGUUCUCGCUUCCGCUUACCAAGCAAACUUAGAGCUUGCUUGCUAUUGUCCAAGGCGGCAUCGCAUUCUGAAGAUGUCCACGCUAGACCUGAGCAUGACAUUCCGAGUUGUCCAAUGCAAAACACAAUGCGUUGCACGUCACGCUGAGGUUCAAGAGCGUACUAUGUGCACUGCCCAAAAAAUUUGGCAAGCCUAGUGGCACGCAUUUUUUUUUUUUAACUUUCAAAACCCUGCAACUUUCACUCACACUCAAAGCUAUGCAGGCUACAGAUCGGAGAAAGUUACCUCAAUCCGACGAGGUAACACUUGCUGAAGUGAAUAGCGAGCUAGUCAUAGCAAAGUUAAAUAAUCCAAACGAUCCUAAUCUCCAACGUAUCAUUCAAGGCAGUCCAAUUCUCUUUCCUACUAUACAAUGUGGCAAUAGAGAAACAGUACCGACCAUCAAGGGACAAAAGGCAUGGUCAGACAAAGAUGCUGAUAAUCAAGCGCUCAUAGACAUUGUGUGGAACCAACUAUCUUCACGAUUUGCUGAUUUGCAACAGACCGGAGCCUUUCAUGCUUUUGACGGCGCUUGGCAGAUCCUUGCGCCUGUCUUGAAAUCCAUAUUUCGCGACGAGUUUGCAGAGAUGCUCGGUGAAAAGCACAAUCAGAAUGCGAGAAACGCUUAUAUUAAAGCGGUGGCAUGGCACCCUCACCGCGAAAUCCUCGCUGUAGCUCAUCAAGACGAUGUCGUGUUUGUCUACCAACUGGAAGGUCACAGAUGGGUCAGCAGAAUGUUAUCACAUGAAUUCAUGGUAGAUGUUUCUAGUAUGGAGUGGAAGUAUCGAUCGGCAGGAACCCUUGCAGUAGGCGCUAGAUCUGGAGUUUGUAUAUGGGAUCUUUACAGCAACAUAGGCAAGAUGCCACCCCAUUUCUCGUUUGAUAGCGGAGUUCCCAAAAAGAUACCAAACGUGUCGUCUGGUUCAUCCAGUGGGUCCAGUUCAGUUUCAGGAACACACUCACCAACCUCUGGAUUAGCCAAGGGAGCAUGGAUGAGUUAUCUACAGUACCCAAAACAUACCUCCAUAUUAUCACUUUCAUGGGAUCCUACACCUGGUAGCCACCUGCUGGCCUCGACAUCAGCCAUUGAUUCCACCGUUGUCAUAUGGGACACUUUGACAGACACUGCCACCCCUCUCCGACGACCGGAUAACGGUUUACAUAUUGUUAGGUGGAGUCCCAAUGGUGUCUGGAUUUUUGUAGCCAGCGUGAAAGGACACAUUAGGGUAUGGGAGACCAGGCGGUGGACAGACAAGCUGAUACUCAACCCAUCUGGUCGAGCAGUCAAGUCUGCGUGCUGGACACCUGACGGGGCCAAUCUCUUUUACAGUCUUCGAGGCGAGGAUGAGCUUAGAAUGAUUUAUUUUAAUAAGGCAUCUUCGGGAAUAGAUUGUAAAUCCAUUUCCAUCAAAAACUUCCCUGUGGUUGAGGAGACUCUUGCCUCCGGCGAGAAACAAAAAGUGAACGGUGCUAUUCGUAAUAUAUGCAUAGACCAAGUGACUGGAGAACGCAUGGUGAUUUCCUUUGAAGAUUCCAACGUGCUCGCAUUGUUCCUUGUCCGAAAGAUGACGGGUCUUGCCGUGGCUACUGACAGCGUGUGUCUUUUCAGUGGCUACAUCCGAGGUGCUGCACUCAAUGUUCAACCGCCAAGCGUGACCAAUAUAUCCACCCUUCCUAUUGUCAAUACAGAGUCACUUGGUGAUGCCCAACCUCUUCAUAUUACAUUUGCACGCAAGUUUGAACAUGGAUCACUUCUUUCCAUUGCAUGGAGCAACGGCGCCGUCACAUUUGUUCCCUUGUAUUUCCUUGACUCUUCCAAGAUCACUGCACCGAAAUUCUGAUUAAACUCCAUCUCACUCUUUGACUUUCCUAUCCAUUAUU